AUGGCUCUAGCUCGAGUUGCUGCAGGGGUGCUGCUGGCAGCGAUCGGCUGUGUGCUCUCUGUGGCCGCGGACAAUCCGAGCACGACAUCCCCGCAACCCUUCGUCUGGCAGAAGGCGCAUGCGACGUUCUACGGCGGUGCUGACGCCUCCGAUACAAUGGGUGGCGCGUGCGGGUACGGCAACCUCUUCUCUGAAGGCUGCGGGACGCGCACGGCGGCUCUGAGCACUGUGUUGUUCAAUGACGGCGCCGCGUGCGGGCAGUGCUACAAGAUCGCAUGCGACCGGAAGCGAGCGGACCCGUUGUUUUGCAAGCCCGGCGUGACGGUGACUGUCACUGCCACGAACUUUUGCCCGCCCAACGACGCCCUCCCCAAUGACAACGGAGGCUCGUGCAACCCGCUACGGCCACACUUCGACAUGGCCCAGCCGGCAUGGGAGAAGAUCGGUGUUUAUAGAGGUGGCAUCAUCCCCGUCAUGUACCAGAGAGUUCCAUGUGUUAAGCGGGGUGGCGUCAGGUUCAGAAUCAAUGGUCAUGAUUACUUCAAUCUUGUGCUUGUGAGCAACGUUGGUGCAGCAGGCUCGAUCAAGUCCAUGGACGUCAAGAGCUCUGAUUUCAACGACUGGAUGCCCAUGGCACGCAAUUGGGGCGCUAACUGGCACUCGCUGGCGAACCUCACCGGCAAGAUGCUCUCCUUUAGACUAACCAACACUGAUGGACACACGCUUGUGUUCAACAACGUUGUGCCGAAGGGAUGGAACUUUGGGCAAUCAUUUGCUAGCAAGUUGCAAUUCUAG